AUGGACACAGUGGAAGCAGCGUCACCCUUCACACCAGAAAGCUGGCGGGCACUAGGGGAAAAAACAAACAAGAAGAAAGUGGAGGAGGUGCUAGAAGAGGAGGAAGAGGAAUAUGUGGUGGAAAGAGUUCUUGACCGUCGAGUUGUAAAGGGCAAAGUGGAGUGCCUCCUAAAGUGGAAAGGUUUCUCAGAUGAAGACAAUACGUGGGAACCAGAAGAGAAUCUGGAUUGCCCUGACCUCAUUGCUGAGUUUCUGCAGUCACAGAAAACAGACCAUGAGACAGAUAAGUCGGAGGGAGGCAAGCGCAAAGCUGAUUCUGAUUCUGAAGAUAAGGGAGAAGAGAGCAAACCAAAGAAGAAAGAAGAGUCAGAAAAGCCACGAGGCUUUGCCCGGGGUUUGGAGCCAGAACGGAUCAUUGGAGCUACAGACUCAAGUGGAGAACUCACGUCCCUGAUGAAAUGGUGAGUCUGCCAGUGGGUCUGUGUGUUGUCUUUUUCUUCUCCCCAUCUGUUCCAUGCCAGAGGAAAAGAGCUGGACCUUCGAAAUUCCAGCUGCCCAGGUGUGAAAUCUUUAAGAUGACAUAGUCCUUCGAUAGUGACCCUCGGCCUGACUGCCACCCUGAACUCAUGAGUUACAGGAAAAACUCUGAUGAGGCCGACCUGCUCCCUGCCAAGGAAGCCAAUGUCAAGCCCACAGGUUGUCAUUUCCUUCUAUGAGGAAAGGCUGACGUGGCACUCCUAUCCCUCGGAGGAUGACGACAAAAAAGAUGACAAGAAUUAAGUCUCUUGAGUACCAGCCCCGUCACAUCCGACCGUGGGUUUCAAGUGAGGAGGGAAGAAGUUCUACUUGUCUUGACACCAUAGAGGUGGCUUGAGAAGAUGUCGUUUGAAGAGCCAGUAUAGUUUCUGUGUCCUGCAGCAGCCCAAGUGCUUUAAGCUGUUCCAAGCUAUGUAGUUCACACACCCAUCCCAGUGGAGGGGAAUGGGGAGAAGUGUUUCAAGGCAGCCCAUUCUGUGCUUUGCUGAGAGAAGCAAAGGGCCUUCUAUGAAGGACAAAACUUGCAGAAUUGGGUGUGUGGGAGAACAAAAAGAUACUGUAGGUCUUCAAAGAGCAUCUCCACAACCCACAGCCUUCUUCUCAAUAGUGUUAACUCUGCGUUUUUACAGCGUAGCAUGUGUGUAGUUUUUGGCUAUUACUGGUGUAUUAUUUAGGGGUGGGAGGGAUGGGAUAGGGAGAAAGGGAAAUGGGUUGGAUCAUUUUGAUUAAAAUUUGGGGCUUGAUUGGGGAAAUGAUGAAACAGUAGAAAGAACAACUAACUGAAGAUUCGGUUCUAUGUCCAGGAUAUUUUACCUUUUCAAAAAAAUGUCAUUGACACCAUAAAUGGGGACUGCGAGAGACUGUUUAAAAGCUGUGAAUGCCUGAAACCUGUAAGCCAAGGUGUUCCCUGCCUGAGCUUAAAGUCCCCCACAGAGGACUAAGCCAGUUCACAAGUUACCAAAGCUGCCGUUUUGGAGAUGGAGACUGACUGGGGAGGGAGAAUGUACACAGGCAGAUAGAGCAUUCUGUCUCAGAGGUGUUAAUUCUUGAAAUUAGAC